CCCCGCCAAAGUCUAUUACGUCGUUUGUCGAACGAAUGACUGCAAGAAAGCGACGAUGCUCAGAGACUCUACAGAAAUUGCAAGAAUAUGACAAGGCAAACAAUCGAACGUCCACUGUACCGGCAAUCAAACGACGGCACCUUGUUGCUCCCUCACCGUGGAGAACGUUUCCUCGUCAAAAAGAAGCUCUGGAGCUUGCGUACUCGCGCCCGGACCACCAUGUUUUCUCGUUCGAGUCGCCUGUUUUAGGAGAUACAGGCUGUAGACGUUUCUUGGCCACGACGUAUCUUGCAUUUUAUGAAAAAUAUAGGCGAACACAAGCGGAAGAGAGACAUUUCUAUGAAGUCAUUCCUGAAGGUCACGCGUGUAAAUUGUAUUUUGACAUUGAAUUCAAUAAGGAACUCAACCCAAAUUGCGUCGGAGGACAUUUGGUUGACAAACUGAUCGAGUUUGUUGGACAUGAGAUGGUUAGAGUAUUUCGUAUUGAAAAGUGUUCUCGAGAGGAUGUUCUUGAUUUGGAUUCUAGUACGGAUAAGAAGUUCUCUCGUCACCUUGUCGUUAACCUGAAGAAUAUUGUGUUUGCUGACAAUAAUCAGGCAGGCAGCUUUGUUGCUUAUCUGAUUGACCAACUGAAGCAGAGAAUUGAGUCAGCCGACGCAUCAGACUUAAUCAAGCAGCUAAUGGUACGCACCCCAGGUGGUGCAGACGAUCUGUUUAUUGAUCAGGGUGUGUAUACACGAAACAGAAACUUCAGAAUCCUUUGGUCUUCAAAGCACGGCAAAUCAGCUUAUCUUCAUGUUGCAAAAGAAAACCAAUUCAAAACAGCAAAUCUUGAGAAGUAUCGAAAUUUGUGGAAAGACGGGCAUCAUGAAUGCUUGCAAAGGGAUAGACAGUUUAGUCUGUUUUUGAGCUCACUUGUCUGUGCUGUUCGAUUUGAUGGCAGUUGCCAACCUCGAAUAUUGACGUUUGACUCAUCUCCAUCCAAACCUAUGGCCAGGAAGACCACUAUACGUCUUGAAGACUCUUGUGUUCUCGAAAGUUUAUCACAUUCUCCAUUUCAUUCGCUGGAUUCCUUCAUUCUUUCUCAAGUCUCAACAGGUGGAGUUCAAGGAGUCAUAACUAAAGCCACGUAUUUUCCAGAAGGUAACACGUUGAGCUAUGAUAUUGGUAAGAAUCGUUGGUGUGGAAAUGUGGGACGGCAGCACAAGAGCAAUCAUAUAAUGAUAAUUGUUGAUUUGAAGCAAGGAGUUUACUAUCAGAAAUGUCAUGACCCUGACUGUAGGAAGAUCAACUACAAGUCCUCGGAAUUUGUACUGCCGGUUGAAAUCAAUCCUAUUCAACAGGAACAAGUUGAUUCUGGUCAGCACAACAUGGACGAAGACUUUUUGUGUGACGAAGACCUAAUUUAUGCAGCAGAUGAGUCUGCUCUCAUCUCACAACCAUCGGAACACAAACUGUUGGAAAAUCCAUUUAAUGACAUCACUGACUCCCAACUGCUUCAAGCAUGCGACAUCAACCCAUAACCCAACUACUUUACCUUUAGCAAUAAUUACCAAACUUUUUAAUUGGAGGUAUACAUACUUGUAUGUAUU